AUGUCGGCGCUGAGGAGGAAGCUGGGCGAUGAGUACCAGGUGGUGAGCACCUCGGCCAGCGGAGGGGGGCUGCCUCCGCCCCGGGCGGCCCCGCGGGGGAAGCGGCAGCGCUUCGUGGAUAAGAACGGACGGUGCAACGUGCAGCACGGGAACCUGGGCGGUGAGACCAGCCGGUACCUGUCCGACCUUUUCACCACGCUGGUGGACCUCAAGUGGCGCUGGAACCUCUUCAUCUUCGUUCUCACGUACACCGUGGCCUGGCUCUUCAUGGCCUCCAUGUGGUGGGUGAUCGCCUACAUGCGGGGCGACCUGAACAAGGCUCACGACGACAGCUACACUCCCUGCGUGGCCAACGUCUACAACUUCCCCUCCGCCUUCCUCUUCUUCAUCGAGACCGAGGCCACCAUCGGCUACGGCUACCGCUACAUCACGGACAAAUGCCCCGAGGGCAUCAUCCUCUUCCUCUUCCAGUCCAUCCUGGGCUCCAUCGUGGACGCCUUCCUCAUCGGCUGCAUGUUCAUCAAGAUGUCCCAGCCCAAGAAGAGGGCUGAGACCCUGAUGUUCAGCGAGCACGCGGCCAUCUCCAUGCGGGACGGCAAGCUCACCCUCAUGUUCCGCGUGGGGAACCUCCGCAACAGCCAUAUGGUCUCGGCGCAGAUCCGCUGCAAGCUGCUCAAGUCCCGCCAGACACCCGAGGGUGAGUUCCUGCCGCUGGACCAGCUGGAGCUGGACGUGGGCUUCAGCACGGGUGCCGACCAGCUCUUCCUCGUCUCGCCGCUCACCAUCUGCCACGUCAUCGAUGCCAAGAGCCCCUUCUACGACCUGUCCCAGCGCAGCAUGCAGACGGAGCAGUUCGAGAUCGUCGUCAUCCUGGAGGGCAUCGUGGAAACCACAGGGAUGACGUGCCAGGCCAGGACGUCCUACACUGAGGAUGAGGUGCUGUGGGGCCAUCGCUUCUUCCCGGUUAUUUCCUUGGAAGAAGGGUUCUUCAAAGUCGACUACUCGCAGUUCCACGCGACGUUUGAGGUCCCCACGCCGCCGUACAGCGUGAAGGAGCAGGAGGAGAUGCUGCUCAUGUCCUCACCCCUGAUAGCGCCCGCUGUCAGCAACAGCAAGGAGAGGAAUAAUUCAGUGGAGUGCCUGGAUGGUCUGGAUGAAGUUGGCAUAAAACUACCUUCCAAACUGCAGAAAAUAACUGGCAGGGACGACUUCCCUAAAAAACUCCUCAGGAUGAGCUCCACCACCUCGGAGAAGGCCUACAGCAUGGGCGAUUUGCCCAUGAAACUGCAGCGGAUCAGCUCAGUCCCUGGGAAUUCAGAAGAGAAACUGGUGUCCAAAGCCACCAAGAUGAUGUCGGAUCCCAUGAGCCAGUCUGUGGCUGACUUGCCGCCCAAGCUCCAGAAACUGUCGGGCGGCGGUCGGAUGGAAGGGAACCUUCCUCCAAAACUGAGAAAAAUGAAUUCGGAUCGCUUCACAUAA